GCCCUCGGCCGGGCUUCCCCCGCUCCCGGCUGCAGCAGCUGUUCAGCGUCUCGGCCGCCGGGCAGGGGCUGGUGCCCGUGGGAAGCGCCUGCGCGCCGCGGCCGCUCGCUGCCUGCCCCGGGCGGCUUCCUGGACUAUUUUAGUCCAAGCGGCAGCCGGCGCGGCGAGCGGCGGCCGAGUCCCAGCGACAGCGCCCCGGGGACCCUGCGCGGGGCCAGGUAUAUCAAGUUGCUGUCAAUCUUGAUGAGGAAAGACUGUCUGCAAUAGGUUUAAAAAAGGAUUCUUCAAGAUGAAUACUACAGAAAUCAAUUCAUUAACCAUGACCCCAUUAGGUUUUAUACCAGAUUUUAAAAAUGCCACCCUUUUACCUGUCAAUGAGACUGCGUGUGAAAACUGGAGUGAGGUUCAUCAUCUGGUUUUUCAUGUGGCAAACACUUGUUUUGCAGUUGGAUUGGUUAUUCCAACCACACUGAAUUUCCAUAUGAUUUUCCUGCGAGGCUUGCUUGCUACAGGAUGUGUACUUUUCAUCAUCUGGGCCAUGCUGUACCGCUGUGCUUUGGAUAUAAUGAUCUGGAAUUCGGUGUUCUUGGUUGUCAACUUCCUGCAUUUUAUAUAUCUACUGUACAAGAGAAGACCGAUCCCAGUCCUGCUACUCCAUUGCCUUACACCUUCUGUAGUCCUUUGCCCAGAAGAUGGUGGGAGUGAAAUGUUACCAAAUCAGAUCAAGAUAGAGAAGGAGUUCAGUAGUCUGUACAAGAGAAUGUUUCAACCACUCCACGUACCUCCAGAACUGUUCCAGAGAUUAACUGGACAAUUCUGCAACAUUCAGACUUUAAAAACAGGUCAAGCAUAUGCUGCAGAGGACAAAACAUCAGUUGAUGAUCGACUAAGUAUCCUGCUAAAGGGAAAAAUGAAGGUCUCCUAUCGAGGGCAUUUUCUGCAUAAUGUUUACCCCUGUGCCUUUAUAGAUUCUCCUGAAUUUCGAUCAACUCAGAUGAACCGGGGUGAGAAAUUCCAGGUCACCAUUACUGCAGAUGACAACUGUAAGUUUCUGUGCUGGUCCAGGGAACGACUGACUUACUUUCUGGAAUCUGAACCAUUCCUUUAUGAAAUAUUUAGGUAUCUUAUCGGUAAAGAUAUUACAAACAAACUCUACUCAUUGAAUGAUCCAACACUAAAUGAUAAGGUGAGUUUUGAGGGAGGUUCCCCUCCCUGUGCUAUAUUGUUAGAUGCUAUAAAGACAGGUUAAUUUUAUCCUCUUAAUCCUGCUCAUAUAUUCCAUUAAAUUCACACACACACACACACACAUCAGGAAUUUCUUUAUUUUUUUUUCCAAAUAUGCAUUUUAGAUCCAGAAUUUUUUUUAUUUUAAAAACAAUUUAUCAGGUUCCAUGAUCAUAUUAUAUUACUUGUUUUCAACAUGUAGAAUCUAACAAAUUUUGCUUAGAAAAAUAGACUUCUCUCCUACUGCAAUAUUUAUUCACCCAAAAUAGUUUAUCAGGUGUACAAAGUAGUUUGUAAAGUAUAGUUUAUCAAGUGUACUAAAAAAAUACUUUCCUUUUUGUCUCCCACUUAAUUUAAAUAAACUUUAGUAAUCAUUUUAACCUGAAAUCGGAUAUUGGAAGGAAAAAAAAUACAUGUGCCUAACUGAGCUGGUACAAGCUCUUAGUUUAACUGGGUCAUACAGAAUUAACUAUGGUGGCUCUCGCGAUCUCACUGUUUAGCUGUUAGGACCUUAAUACACAAGAACUUGUCAGUGGUCCACCAAUACCAAAUUUAUCUCUUUCUAAUAUGAAAAAAAAACCAGAUGACUUAAUUUUUAUUUAACCUUAAGGCACCUCCUUUAUUAUCCAUUCUCCAUUGUCUCUCUUACAAUUCUUAUCCAAGCCUCCAGAUUUUGAGUCCUUUUCUUUCUACUUUCUACCACAGAUAUAUUGUCAUCACAGUUAUAGGAGCACAAGCCCUUGGAGUGUUCCACCCUGAUUGUUACGGGGUGACUGACAUGAUGUAGUUUUAGGGGGUUAGCAGCAGAUCAGAUUUGAUUUUUCUUAAUUUUCCUAUGAUCUUUUUUCCAGCAAGGCAGGGUUUUGGGGGACAUUAAUGACUGAGCUCUCCUGCAUACAACUUCCUCUCUUUCCUAUGUAGGAAACUGAAUGAUUAUAUUUGUGCAAUUGGGAGAUUGUCAUGGGCAGUUUGGAAGAGAACCUCACUUCUAACUAACAGCUUCAGAGUGUUUACUCCAGUAUUUCAACAUUAUCUAAAGGCUUGCAAUUUUCAGAGAUCAUAUUAAUCCCCAUUUAAGAUAAACCUGACUUUAAUAAUACUUGGUAAAGUCCUCUUCGCUAUUGUAUUCCUGUUAUUCCAUCUCUUUGUUUCUCUCAACAAGAUUUCUUUGUGUUAUUUAAUAGUGUCUAAGCUUCCAAAACUGAUAGAAGAGGAUUAGCUGUCUCAUUAAUAUGAAGUGCUUCUAUAGAAUUAAAUUCUUUGCCUAGACAGCUGUGCAGUCUGUUACCCCUAUAUAACACUGUCUAUAUGACACAGUUCCACUAUCACAAAUUAGCAUUGCCUGAAUGUAGGUAUUGAGAUAGAUUUAGCCAGGGCUUUCUUUCUCUCAGGUCCCAAAAGCAAUCUGAACAAAAAGGUGGACAUUUAGCUUUCCGCUUUUAUGUUUCAGAUAGCCCUGUCGCACCCGUAGGUGCAGCAAUAAUUGCUUUUCAGACUUGUCCAAUGAUGCGUGCCAGUACGCCUCCAAUUGUGGCAUAAAUGUACCAAUAUUGAGUUCCCCUCCCAGCUGCAGCAUAAACCAAUUUUUUUAGUAAAAACAAAGAACAGCAGCAAAACCCCCAGCAGAUUAUUUAGAGAAGAGCAACAAGUGAAAAGCAAGUGUCUUCUGCCAUUGGAGAAAACAAUAAAAGGGAGCUUAUCUGGAUAAGGCUCUGCAUAAAUUAUAACCUUCUAUGUGACCAGUUCUUGUAUAGACAAAAGCUUCCCCGUAAAAAGAUCUGAUUAUUUUUUGCUACUAUGUAGAAAAAUCCUACUCUCCUAAGUUUCAUGUACUUACUGGAAUACACUUGUAAAAACUAGAACUUCAUCUUUUGAAUGAAUUGAAAGAAUUUUUUU